ACUGUGGACCGACGGUGCCCGAUUGGUGCCCGCUCUCGAUGAGUGGCCUUAAGAUACCACAGUGUUAUCUUGCAUGAGCAGUGAGUCAGUGACCUGGAGCAGGAGGUACAUGUAUGCAGCCUACUGCAACGUGACCGCAUCACCAACGUGAUACCAACCCGCAGGCACAUCUAGCCGCCGUCGCCAUCCGACAGAGUCUCCCGCCGAUAUGACCGGUGGCCUCGUGAUCCUCUUGCAGCUCGUGGUUACGGUAAUGAAAUCAGCACGAGACGUGUCAUUUGUCCAAAUAAACCUCAUUUCCCAGACAUGAUGCAAGACAGUACAAUCGGACGGAUACAGCUUCUGGAGCGCCAAGUUGCGACAGCUGGCAGUGACACUACGCUGGCGACGGAAUGUCUCGAGUGCCUGCUGAAGCCUGAGUACGGGGACCUUGGACGUAUAAGCAGGUUGCUGGGGAAGACCACUGGUUCCGGCGAUCCAGUAUCUCAAAGCCCAGACACCGACACCGACUUCUAUCACUACGCCGCGAAGCACUGGAUUAUACACCUUGUCGCAAUUCCGCUUCCUUCAGCAAGACUUGUGGAGCUGACAGUCAGAUUCCUGACUUCGGUACAAUUCUGCUAUUGGGCUGAAUUUUCAGUCAAGGAUCCUGGCGAUAUCCAAGCAAUCCGGUCCGCGGACUAUGAUCUUCGCAGGUGGUCUAAGUCUCUGCCCGACAGUCUAUCAGGCCAGUUGAAGGUGGAAGAAUAUUUCGAGACGCCUUACACUACCCUUCACGCUCAGUAUACAAACUACGAAGACGAUGAACUUCCACAAUGGUUGACCUUGAUGAGACUGGGUGCCUACUACUUUGACCAAGGCAGUACCUCCAAAAUGGGAGAUGUAAGGACGCGAGCCGCUAAUGGCUUGGCUCAGCUUCUCGGCAAAUGCAACCCUACGACACUGCAAGCUCGCGCCGACGCUGCAUAUGCGCCUUUGCUUAAAGGUGAUGCGCUGAAAGCCCACGACAUAUACGUCCACGUUGCGCAAGACCAGCAGAGCUUUUCGAAAGGAGGCUCCAGGCUCAGCUAUUAUAAGACUCUUGUGUCUCAAGGACAAGCCGAAUAUUUGAUGAGUAAGUAUACUUCGGCUCUGGCGACUUUAUCCCGGUCUUCUUCUUGGUUCUUGCAGGAGAAGGGAGAUAAGAGUAAUUACUAUUUGACAGCACAUCUCUGGCAGUCCUUAGUCGUAUCAGCGAAAAACGGACUAGAAGAAGCUAUUAAAUCGCUAGAAGAGAUUCGAGAAAAGCGGGAACAGCGGUAUGGCAGACUCGACGGUUUCGCAAACACAGUCCGCAUUAUCCUUGGAGACCUCUACCGCCGGGCCGGGUCUUACGAUCAGUCUAUACGUAAUGCUGAGUCUGGCCUACAUUUCCGAGAGCAAGUGCGUCCAUUUUCGCAUCUUGCUGUCAUUGACGCGGCUUUGCGGCUGGUCAUCGUAUAUCGGCACUUUGGGCUCGCUGAUCGCGCCCUGAAGCUUCUGGUCAAGGUGAACGACGAAGGCGAGAUCAAUCAAGGCGACAAAUUUGUCCAGCUUUGUCAGGUUAGGCAUCUACACAGUCUGCUUCUCUAUGAGGGGCGUGAGGUCAGCAAGGCUAUUGCUCAGCUUUACGACUUCGUCACGUGUCUUGAUCCUCGCCAGACCAACAGAGCAAUUCUAUGGGCGUUGUUGGACUUGGCGCUCAUGAUGCGCCAUAGGAACGCGCCCGGCGAUGCUGAACUAGCACACUUGUUGUUUGGUGGUCUGGUGAUUCCUCAGGUCGACGAUGACGACGACCGUGAGCGGGAUUCGGACCGUGUUUUGAAAUUGGCGGAAAAAGCCCUGCUCACCUUUCGACGCGAGUCUUUGGAGGAGGCUGAAAGGCUGUUACAUGAAGAGGGCAUGACUUGGAGUAGACCCGAAUUUCUGUGGCUGCCUCUGGGAAUGCCUGCAGCUGAUACAACUUGGAUAGCAGAACCUGGAAUGAAUGACUCAACUCAAAGGCACAAAUUUGAGGUUGCCGUGGGACGGAAGGAGAGGCCCCAGAUGCCAUGACACGGUGGUACUUGAGGGAAGUCUGGCAGUUGAAUAGAGCACUCCACAAGGUCUAUCGGGGCGAGAAGGCAGUCUAUACACUCCAGUAGUACGUUGGACAAGGAUUGAAUCCUACCUCACGAAGCUGACUAAAG